UCUUUGUAGUGAUAACAACUGAAUUUUUUUAGUUAAUAAAAUAGUUUAUUUGUUGUAAUAUAUAACAAUGACCGUCGUAUUCAAAAAUUGUUCUUCCGUCUAUCGUAAUGUUUUAUACAGUAUUGUUAUCAUUUUGUUAUUUAGUCACACAUUUCAAUCUUGUGCUUUUCAAAUUCCGGACGAUGAUCGAUUAAUGGAGAAAAAGAGUCAUGAACUGGCAACAUGGAUCCUAUCUCAAUUAAAUCAACCUGUUCAAUCAGAAUUCAGCGAUUAUACAUCAGGAAAUCAACAAGAUCUCUGUCAAUCACAACCGAACAUGAUUUCAAAAAGAAAAAUGUCUGACAAUUAUCUGUACCGUUUAAAUGCAUCAAAACGAAAUUCAGAACUAAUCAAUUCAUUGUUACGUCUACCUAAAACAAUGAAUGAAGUUGGUCGUAAAUGAAUACGUUAUUGAAAACUAUUUAUAAUGUCUAAUUAAA